UAUGAGGAAGAGAUCAACAGGCGCACUGCUGCUGAGAAUGAGUUUGUGGUGCUGAAGAAGGAUGUAGACACUGCCUACAUGACCAAGGUGGAGUUGGAAGCCAAGGUGGGAGCACUGACGGAUGAAAUUAACUUCUUGAGGGCCAUCUAUGAAGAGGAACUGUCUCAGAUGCAGACAAUCAGCCGGGACUUGUCUGUGGUGGUGUCAAUGGACAACAACCGGCACCUGGACAUGGACAGCAUCAUCGAGGAGGUCAGACGUCAGUAUGAGCAGAUUGCCCAGAACAGCCGGGCUGAAGCUGAGGCUUGGUACCAGAGCCGGUAUGAGGAGCUGCAGAGCACUGCUGGAAGGCAUGGGGACAGCCUGCGCAACACCAAGAUCGAGAUCCAGGAGCUGACCAGAAAUGUCCAGCGGCUGCGGACUGAAAUUGAGAACGCGAAGAAGCAGAACCAGCAGCUGCAGGCAGCUAUUGCUGAGGCUGAGGAACGGGGUGAGAUGGCUCUGAAGGAUGCCAGGGUGAAACUGGAAGAGCUGGAAACUGCUCUGAGCAAGGACAAGGAGGAGCUGGCUCGCCUGCUGAAGGAGUACCAGGAGCUGCUGAACGUCAAGAUUGCCCUGGAUGUGGAAAUUGCCAUGUACAGGAAGCUGCUGGAGGGAGAGGAAAACAGGCUGUGCAACGAUGGGAUGUCCAACGUCAAUGUCUCUGUGGUAGGCAGGACCACCAUCUCUGGAGGAAGAGGAGGCAUGGGAGGAGGAUUUGGAGGCAGCGGAAUGGGUGGAGGAUUUGGAGGCAGUGGAAUGGGAGGAGGAUUCGGAGGCAGCGGCAUGGGAGGAGGAAUGGGAGGUGUAUGUGGCUCAGGAGGAGGCUUUGGAGGUGGAAGCUCUGGCGGCAGCUGUGGAAUUGGAGGAGGAAUGUACAGCGGAGGCUUCUCCUCUGGAAGUGGAAGGAUUUGCGGCUCUGGGGGUGGCAACUUCAGCUCCGGUGGGGGAUCCUCCUCCAUACGGAGAUGCGUCACAACCACCUCCGUCAAGUCUUCAGGAGUGAGGUUCUGAGCCCUGAAGGCCGACUGAGAAAGAAACCAAGCAUGUCCUCCCUUCCCCCGGCAGCAGCCCAGCCUCCUUAAAUCCAUCUCCGAUACCCCACCAUGAAACAAACUGUGUCCCUCAUGGCCAGCAUGAGCCAGCUGGUCUACCUGGCUUGUUCCCAGCACGGGAGCCUGGUGGCCGUGACACACUGCUCAACAGCCUCCUACUCAGUGAAGAAAUAACAGUCUGAGCAAAGUCUCACACGUGGAUACCCCGUACGGAGAGCUGAUUUCAAGGAGGAACCGCUCUGCCUUCCUUGCUGCAUUGUACAUUUCUGGCUGCCUCUGUGGCAAACGUGUAUAAAACCACUCUUUCUUCCUCUGUCCUGAUGGCCGUAACCCUGGGGUGCUUCUGCAUGCAGUACAUCCUGUUGCUUCCAUUCACUAGAGUCAUGGGCUGUGGUACAUGAGGGGCAAAUGGGACUCCUUCAGUGGCUGCAGGUGCCCGGAGGACUUUUUCUAAACAGAACCGUGCUUGCUUUUCUGUGCCAGGCCCCUGGUGACAUGGAGCAAAAUGUGCUGUCCCCACCUCCCUUCUUCUUCUGUUCAUGGUAUGUCCUUGGGAUGUUGCCAUUCUCAAUAAAUUGCA